AUGCCUGGCUUUACUUGCUGUGUUCCUGGCUGCUACAGUAAUUCGCAUCGUGAUAAAGGUUUGCACUUCUAUACUUUUCCAAAAGAUCCGGAGCUAAGGUGCCUGUGGCUGAAGAAUGUGUCCCGGGGUGGAGUGUCGGGAUGCUUCAGCACCUUUCAGCCAACUAACGGGCAUCGGGUCUGUAGCCUACACUUUCAAGGUGGCCGCAAAUCUUACAGCAUCAAGGUGCCCACCAUCUUUCCUCUCAGAGGUGUUAACGAGAAGAGGACUCGUCGGAGCAGCACAAAGAAGCGACAGCAGCCAAAUUACACACCAGCUGCAACUACGGUUCUAGUGACAGGGCUGCCAGGACAGGAGGAACAGGAGGUUCUAGAGCUGACAGCUGGCGGUGCUGAAAUGAUGCUACUGAGUACUACGGCAGGCAUGGGUGCAACUAUAACAAAUGUAGAAGGGUCUUCUGCCGUUAUUGGAGCUACGAUAGAUGCAAUGGGAACAGCAGCAGUAGAAAGAGGAUCAGUGGCAGCACCAUCCAAUCUCGCUGUUAAGUUGGAUGUGGGGGAAGCACACGCAAUUAGUACUCACUUUUCUUCUGAUGCAAGCCAUGGAUCCCACCAGCAGCUCCAGGUUGUGGUAGUUGGAGAUGAGCCAUUCCCCUCUGUAGAUUGUUGGCCAUCUCUUUUAGGUUCAGAUCAUUCUUACUCCAUGUCAUCCGGCACCACCACAGAAGAAUUGCUGAGGAAACUUAAUGAGCAAAGGGACAUCAUAGCUCUGAUGGAAGUUAAGAUGAAGGAAAUGAAAUCUAGUAUAAAACACUUAAAAGUUACUGAAGUUAAAUUAAGGGAGGAGCUUCGUCAAAAAGACAAAGAUAAAGUCUCACCAAUGAUAAAAAGUAACUGAACGAUGUUCAGUGGUUGUCUGAUUUGUGACUUGUCAACAUCAGAUGAAAGUGUUUAGACUGAAAUGGAAUCAAGCACCCUAAUCUUUAUAUGGUUUGUUUGUUUUUAUUGUGCUAUAAUUAUAGGUUUUUGAACAGCUGUUCCCUAAGAUUCAGGAAAACUCGGCCUGAAUCUUGAUCGUCUUUCUGCUCUUCGCUGAAACUUCUUGAAAAGUUCUGGGGUAGACAGUUUGUGGCACUUAAUGAUCACUUUGCAGAGACCGCAGCCAUGUGUAGGAAAACUAUGAAAAUACAAAAGUUUUUUUUUUUUACUGGAUUUUUUUAGGACAUUUAUAUUACUGCACCUCUGCUAAGCAAAAAGAAAAAAAAGCCGAUAAUAACCACUUUGACCUUUGACAAGCCUUUCAUAUAUAGACAGUAUUGUAGGCCUAUUAGAACACCCUGUAGACUGAAAAUGACUGAACAAUAUCAAGGAAAAUGUUCAGUAUUGAUAAUGGGAACAACCCUAUUUGUCAAAAGGAACAGGUUCUUUGCAUUUUUUUUCUUCAAAUAAAAUGUUUCUGUAAAAGUG